UUAGCACACGACGAUAUUCUGGUUUCUGCAUGCUCAUUAUCCAAACAAAUACAGUUGUAGAGUGUUUUUAGUGUUGUUGUUGGUUGUACUUGUAGUAAAACAAUUGUUAAAAUGUCUAACUUUAGAGCUUUACAUUUCGUUUUUAAAGUUGGUGACAGAACAGCAACUGCCAGAUUUUAUAGAGAUGUUUUGGGAAUGAAGUUUCUCCGGCAUGAAGAAUUUGAUGAAGGUUGCAAAGCAUCAUGUAAUGGACCAUAUGACAGUAAGUGGAGCAAGUCUAUGAUUGGCUAUGGAGAUGAGGACAGUCACUUUGUCAUUGAACUCACAUACAACUAUGGCAUCAAGAAGUAUGAAUUAGGAAAUGAUUUCCAGGGAAUAACUGUUGAAUCUUCCAAGGCAGUUGAAAAUGCCAGGAAGGUUGACUGGCCUUUAAAGAAAGUUGAUGAUGACACCUUCAUUGCAGAGGCUCCUGGUGGAUAUAAGUUCUACCUUGUGAAUAAACCAGAAACUGGAGCUUCCAGAUCUGGAGAAGAAAAUGAAGGAAGCAAAUGAGACAAUUAUCACACCAUUGGUGAGCUUAGACACACCAGGAAAGGCUACAGUGGAGGUCGUCAUUUUAGGGGACCCGGAUGGGCAUGAGAUAUGUUUCGUUGGUGAUGAAGCAUUUCAAACACUCUCACAAACAGACCCUAAGGCAGAUGCACUGAUUCAGGAGGCAAUUGAUGCAGAUAAAAGUGAUGAAUGGUUUGCAAAACACAAGAAAAAGCAAACAACUUCAUCAUAAAACAAACUAAUCGUGUUAAUGUUGUGUGGCAUUUUCAGAUAUAAAUGGUUUUUAGGUCAAUUGUUCAACUAUUUUUAUACAUAGUAUUUAUCAACAUAAAUUAAUUUUACAAAAUUAUUGCAUCAAUGCAUUGUAAGAUGAUAAGUUGAUGUCUCACCUAUGAAGAGAAUCAUUACCAGUAAACAGAAAAUUCCUUGAAAACAUGACAAAUCAUGUAUAGUGAUGAAAAGAAUGCUAGCUCUUAGUUAAUAGAUUGCUGAAGGACAUUAGUAUAAGGUAUAGUCAGAUAUGACUUUUUUUAAUGAAUUGAAACAAGAGGAAAGAUCAACAAUAUCAUAUUCUUAUUGGAAAAUACUGUUGACAGUAAUGAUGAUUAUAAGAAUAUUAAUUAAAGUUAUGAUAAUUAAAUUAUAAUGAAAAUAAUAUUUUUGUAACAAUAUAAUUAAAGCCUUAUAAUUUUAAUGUAGAUUAGAUGGAUGGAAUUAUGUUUAUGUACUGUAUUUUGUUUGGUUCUUUUUUUAAUAAAUACCAAAGGUUACAAAUUAAAUUGUGAUGCGAAGGUC